UAGCAUUUUACCGUUCUGGUGCCACUUGGUGUUUCAAAUGUGCAACUGCAUGUCGAGUGUUUGUAUCAUUGACUUUAAAACGUAGGCUAUUUUACAGUCAUUGGUUUGUAUCCACUAACCCCGGUUACGUGAGCUCUGAAUCAAUGUAGCUUAUCGUGGAGAUAAUUAAGUGUCCCUACGUUUUGACAUUUUGAGAUCUAAUGUAUUGAAAAUUCAAAGCUCUGUUGCAGUUCUAACAGGCAGCUAUGAAGAUCCCCUACUGGCCAAUCAUACUUGAUAAUGGGCGGACACUAGACAGAGAAGACACCUUAAGGCUCCAGAGACACUACAUAGACUCAACCAGAGACACUACAGAAAGAGACUCAACUAUUGAAAGACUCAACCAGAAACAGCAGUAACCAGACAGAGUAUCAACCAGAGAGAAGCAAGCUUCCAGAGACUUGAUACAGGAUCCAGAGAGACCAGACAGAGAACCAAGAGAGAGCUGAGUUAUGGAGACACAUCACUGUGACACAUGUGGGAAGAGCCUUUCCUCAUCCGGUAGCCUCACGAAGCACAUGAGGAUCCACACUGGAGAGAAGCCCUACAACUGUGACAUCUGUGGUAAAACCUUUAGCCAGGCUGGCCAUUUCAGAAUUCACAGCAGGAUCCACACUGGAGAGAAGCCCUACAGCUGUGACCUCUGUGGUAAAACCUUUAGCCGUGCUAACAGUUUGACACAUCACCGCAGAAUCCACACUGGAGAGAAGCCCUACAGCUGUGACGUCUGUGGUAAAAGCUUUAGGCACGCUGGCAAUUUCACAGUUCACAGCAGGAUCCAUACUGGAGAGAAGCAAUACAGCUGUGACUUCUGUGGUAAAACUUUUAGCCACGCUGGCCAUUUCACAGUUCACAGCAGGAUCCAUACUGGAGAGAAGCCCUACAGCUGUGACCUCUGUGGUAAAACUUUUACCCAUGCUAGCAGUUUCACAGUUCACUGCAGGAUCCACACUGGAGAGAAGCCCUACAGUUGUGACGUCUGUGGUAAAACCUUUACCCAUGCUAGCAGUUUGACAGAUCACAGCAGGAUCCACACUGGAGAGAAGCCCUACAGCUGUGACGUCUGUGGUAAAACCUUUAGCCAGGCUGCCCAUUUCAGAGCUCAUAGGAGGAUCCACACCGGAGAGAAGCCCUACAGCUGUGACCUUUGUGGUAAAACCUUUAUCAGUAAUAGAAGUUUUAGAGUUCACUGCAGAAUCCACACUGGAGAGAAGCCCUACAUCUGUUUCCUCUGUGGUAAAACCUUUAGCAGUAAUAGAAGUUUCACAAUUCACAGCAGGAUCCACACUGGAGAGAAGCCCUACAGCUGUGACCUCUGUGACUAUUCAGGUAAAACAAAUGACCAUCUGAAGAGUCACCUGCGUAAGCACAUGACGAUUCACACUGGAGAGAAGCCCUACAGCUGUGACAUCUGUGGUAAAACCUUUAGCCAGGCUGGCCAUUUCAGAGCUCAUAGCAGGAUCCACACUGGAGAGAAGCCCUACAGCUGUGACCUCUGUGGUAAAACCUUUAGCCAGGCUAGCCAUUUCAGAGCUCAUAGCAGGAUCCACACCGGAGAGAAGCCCUACAGCUGUGACCUCUGUGGUAAAACCUUUAGCCAGGCUGGCCAUUUCACAGUUCACAACAGGAUCCACACUGGAGAGAAGCCCUACAGCUGUCACCUCUGUGGUAAAACCUUUAGCCAGGCUGUCCAUUUCAGAGUUCAUAGCAGGAUCCACACUGGAGAAAAGCCCUACACCUGUGACCUCUGUGGUAAAACCUUUAGCCUGGCUGGCAGUUUCAGAGCUCAUAGUAGGAUCCACACUGGAGAGAAGCCCUACAGCUGUGACAUCUGUGGUAAAACCUUUACCAUUGCUAGCAGUUUCAGAGCUCAUAGCAGGAUCCACACUGGAGAGAGGCCCUACAGCUGUGACCUUUGUGGUAAAACCUUUAGCAGUAAUAUAAGUUUCACAGUUCACUGCAGAAUCCACACUGGGGAGAAGCCCUACAGCUGUGAUCUCUGUGAUAAAACCUUUAGCCAGACUUCCACUUUGAAAACUCACCACAGGAUCCACACUGGAGAGAAGCCCUACAGCUGUGACCUCUGUGGUAAAACCUUUAGCCAGGCUGGCCAUUUCACAGUUCACAGCAGGAUCCACACUGGAGAGAAGCCCUACAGCUGUGACCUCUGUGGGAAAAACUUUAGCCAGGCUGGCCAUUUCAGAGCUCAUAGCAGGAUCCACACUGGAGAGAAGCCCUACAGCUGUGACCUCUGUGGUAAAACCUUUAGCCAGGCUGGCCAUCUCAGAGCUCAUAGCAGGAUCCACACUGGAGAGAAGCCCUAG